AUGAAUCCAAUCCUUAGCAUCUUAUUUAUUGAUGGUUUACUUCUAUCCAAGUAUAAAUUACUAUUUUGGUGUUUAUCUGACAGAUUGUGGAAAUUGGAUGUCAUGAUAAAAGGUAAAUCGAUUCACAAACAGAAUGCCAUCAAAAACUAUCCAUCAAACUUAAGAAUUGUUCCAAUCAACUACAUUUUAUCACCCACUAUGUUUGCUAAGUCAGAUCCAAUUACCGCCGGUCGAAGCAUCAGUCAAUAUGAUUUUAUUAUAACUAGUGAUCAAAGAUUUAAAGCAGUAUCUAAUUCAUAUCCAACCAUUAUAUAUAUCGAUAAAGUGAAUCUCGACAUAGAAACAAUAUCUCAUGGAAUAUUAACAAACAAUCGUUUACAUCAUCUAAGAUUAGUACAAUAUACUUUAAAACUUUCUUUACAAUAUUCACAGCCGUUAGUCCUAAUGGUAUCGACAAAGAAAAAAGAUAUUCAACAAGAUGAAGACGAUGAUGAGGUUGAAGAAAUCGAUGAUACUCUAAAAGAGUUAAUGAUAGGUAGAGAACAUUUAACUUACGGAGAUGAAGAAGUGUUUUUUGAUGCUGAUACCCCACCACCAAGAGAAGCUAUGUCAGCCACGGUUUCUGAAUUACAAAAUUCAACUUCACAAAAUAUGUUUGUUGAAUCACCUCAAAUCAAUUCAUCAUCAAGUUUAUCAUUAAAUUAUGCUCAAUAUCCUCCUAUGAUGAAUUUUCCUAAUUCAGCUCCUGUACAAGUUAAAACUCUUCAUGACGAACAAGGAAAUACUUAUGUACUACAAUCCAAUGGAUUUGUAAUUCCAGUCUCCAGACCAUCACUGAUGCAACUUAAUCUUACCAAUCCUAUACUUAAGAAGAAGAAAUCAAUUAAAAAGAAUAUGUUUUAUCAUAUGCCCAUACCAACUAAUAGAUAUACUCCUACUGAAAAAUUAGUUGAAUCUCAUAAUAGAGUAUUACAAUUAGUUCAAUUUGAUGAAUUUUUAGACCAAACUUCAACUAGUAGAUAUCGAGAUCUAGAUACAUCUUCAUUUAUAUUACAUAGUGCCGGUAAUAGUUCUAAAGAUACUAGUUCCAAAGGAAGUAGUUCAAAAAAUGGUAGUUUUAAAACAUAUGAUACAGCACCCGAAGUGGAUAAAGAGAGUAAAUCAGAUCCAUAG